UUGCUCAUACCAACCUCUGCAUUAUCUCUCCUCUGUUUAGCUCCUCCCUUCUUUUUAAAGUUUCUGCAAUGGCGUCGAGCUCGAACUGGACCCCAAAGCAAAACAAGCUAUUUGAGAAUGCUCUGGCCAUCUAUGACAAGGAUACGCCGGACCGCUGGCAAAACUUAGCCAGGGCCGUAGGAGGGAAGUCCGUGGAAGAGGUGAAGAAGCAUUAUGAAAUUCUUGUGGAAGACAUCAGGCAGAUUGAGUCCGGCCAAGUCCCGUUACCCAAUUACAAGAAAAUGGCACCGGUGGCUGUAACAAAGGAUACAUGGACGAAACACAAAGGUACGAAUACACUUUUCCUUAGCAUGCUAAGGAAUCUCAGGCUCCAGUGAAGAAAGCAGAUUAAUGCAUGAUUAAUGAUAAUUAAAUAAAUGUUAUUAUUAUUACUAUUAAUUUUGUUUCCAUUUUCUGUAAUUGUUGUAUUAUUAUGAGACAACUUCCUUAAAAGAGUCAAAUCCUUGUAUUAAUGUUGCUCUUAUAUUAGUUCUAGGGUUUUAAGAGUAUAACAAAUGUAUUUAUUAGUU